UUCGUCUUGUCUAAGUUCAAUGAAGUUGAGAAUUUUUCUGCUUCGCGCACUUUCGUUCCGCAUGCGCCUCGUUGCACCAGAAGCGGAAGUGCGAAUGUUUACAUCGGACAGGUGCCCGUACCAUUUCGGAAACAACAAAAAAUGGGAGUUACUGUCCAACAAAUUACUCCUGGAAAUGGUCAAACAUACCCAAAGAAAGGUCAGGUGGUGGUUGUUCAUUACACAGGGACAUUAGAAAAUGGUCAAACAUUUGACUCAUCAAGAGAGCGGGGACAGCCAUUCAAGUUCAGGAUUGGUCAUCAAGAAGUCAUCAAAGGCUGGGAUGAAGGCGUAGCCAAAAUGAGUAUCGGAGAGCGUGCCAUAUUAACCUGUAGUCCAGAUUAUGGAUACGGAGCCAUCGGUUAUCCAGGAGUUAUCCCUCCCAAUGCAAAGCUGAUAUUUGAUGUAGAGCUGCUUAGUUUGGAGUGAAUGUGUCAGAGGCAAACUAUACAACUAUAUUAUCUAAUUUAUUAAAACCUCUCCUAUACAAAGAAAGGAAAAAUUAUAUUCAACAAAGGAGGAAAUAGAAGAUUUGUCAGACAUGUUUCCAGUGUGUGCAUAUCUGAGUAUUUUGAUUCUGUGUUCAUUAAGAAAUAUUUCUUAUGUUUACGAGAGUUACAGCAUUGUACAUGUCUGUGCUUUAUAAUAUAAUAAUGUUGUUUAUGUCUUUGGUGAGCAGUAGUGAUUAUAUGAUGAAUUUUAUUGCACAGACAUAGGCUAUUUUAGUUUUAAUGUUUUAUGCAUGUGUUAGCAGGAUCAGAUGGUAAGAUAAAAGUAUUGAAAUGUGAUCAGAUGGUAAGAUAGAAGUAUUGAAAUGUGAUCAGAUGAUAAGAUAGAAGUAUUGAAAUGUAUGUUUCCUUGCCAGAACCGUAUCCAUUCUCUACUUUUGUGCUCUAAACACUUCUCAAAACUCAUGAAAGUUUGUAAUCAUGAAACUGUAUUUAUAGACAUAUGAACCAUAUGCAUAAUUAUGUGAAACUUUUGCGAAGUUAAUGAAAAUUUAUAUUUACAAACCUGUUUUGACACUAAAACAAUUAAGGUUUGUUAUUACAAAAUAUAUUUGUAUGCAGAGUUUUUGAAGACUGCCAGUCCAAAGAUUUUUUCCACCAAAAAUUUCUUCAGACUAGCAGAGAGUGACUGCACAUUUCAUUGUCUUUACUUUUGAAAUUAUCAAAAUGUCCAGCAUGCCAGACUAAGAUUUCAAGAACUCAGCUGUUUGCUUGUUUAGGAAUGGAUAGUAUGUGUGCUAGAUGGGUCAAAUUUUCUAUGGUGUAUUGUUUGAAGACCAUGUGUAAAAGGAAACUCCAAAAUCAAAUUUAAUAAUUUUUUUGGAGAAAUGAAAAUACUUUUUACAUUUAUUUACCUUUUUGUAGAAUUUUCAUGUAUUUUGCAUUGUUUAGUUAUUUAUAGACAUCAUAUUGUAAUGGGUUGUAUGAAUAUGAACAGACCAUGUUCUAAAAUAAGGGUCAGUUAAAUGUAUUGAUUAAAAACAUUGUGCUGUUAGAAUUUGUCAUAUAUGCUAAAACUGACAAAAUACGACUAGAAAAUGGGAUAAGAAUAGAACAGAGAUACCCAUUUUUGAAUUUAUAUAUUGUAUGUGCAAUCAAGAGAACAUUGCAACGUUUUGCUCUAUGUGUAUAUUGAAAUGAUUUCAGUGAUAAUAUAUUAUAGCAUUGUAAAUAUUGCCGCAAUAACCACCCUUACCCAUUUCCACAAUAUAUAUAUAUAUAUAUACACACACACACACACACACACACACACAAAUGUAAAUUUAAUAAAUGCAUCCUUUCCCCCCGAUCUUUUGGGCACAAAGGGCACUUAAUUAGUGUAUCUAAAAUAUUUUCUUCAUAACAGAAACUCCAUAUUUCUCCUAGCAUGCACCACAAACACAUCAGACGAUGAAAAGGGGUAGUUUUACUUGUGUAUAAAACGUGUCAGAUAUACAUAAACAUGAAGUGCUAGAAACUCGAUAUAUAGUACUAUAUUACCAUGUUUAUUUGAUGCCAAGAGUUAAAUCAUAUCACGUUGACAGGCAUGGACCUUCAGAUCAAAUGAGACUUGACGGUGAAGGUUUGAUCUGAUGAUCCAUGCCUGUCAAUGAGAUGUAAUUUGACUUUUUAGUUACUGGAUUCAUCAAUUUAGUAUGUAACCAGCUUUUACAUUAGAAUCUUUUAAAUGUUUUUAGUGAAAAGACAUGUUUGAAUAGAAAGACAAAAAAUGUUUUGUAUAUGAAAUUAUUUUUUGAGUGAGAAAUGUCAGUGACACAGAUGAUUGAUUUCAACACAAAUGUGAAAGAAAUGCAUUGUGAUGUCAUCGAUUACCAGAGUAUUGUAAUUCAGAAGUGAACAGGAAAAUGAUGACCGAUAUAUGUUCAAGAUAAAUACUGACUGUUAUACUAUAAAAUCAAAGCUUUUGAUUACUGAGAAACUUCUGUACAAUGGAGCAGAUGCCGGUGUUAUUAUGAACAUGGGAAUUAGCUUCAGUUAGUAUCAAUAUCUGGGAAUUAGCUUCAGUUAGUAUCAAUAUCUGGGAAUUAGCUUCAGUUAGUAUCAAUAUCUUCAGUUGCUGCUAACCAGGAUAGAGAGGGUUAUAUAGACAGAGUACCAGUACGUAGAGGGAAAUUAUAUUUGACCUGAAACUGAACACAAAUUCCAUUUUUAUCUUAUUUUGGUGUGCAUAUGCCAAUCUUUGAAACAGAUGAUAUACACAUAAGUUGGAGAGUGCUAUUAAUUGUAUGAUAGUACUGCUAUUACAUGUAUGUACUUUGUAUAUAUUAAGAUAGGGCAAAUGAUCUGUUAAUGGAUGAAAUGCACAUAAUGUGAUUAUGAAUAAUUUGAUCUGGGGCUUUAAGUAUUUAUUGUAAUCUCAUGAAUGAGAUUUAGCAUAGUCUGUCUGUCCAUGCAUUUUUAUUUUUAUUUUUUUUUGCCUGGAAAAUUAUCUUGUGUACAUGAUUUUUUUAAGACUGAUUUUUAAUUUUUUUUAAAGAUAGUUUUAGAUUUUGUAUUUAUUUUAUUUUUUUCAAAUCAUAACUUUGUAAUACAGAGACUGUAAAAGUCCAUGAUUUAACAAGGAUUGCUUAUGACCAGGGUUUAUCAUCAUUCUUAAAGCCAGGUCAAGGUCACAGGGCAUGGCUUGUUCAGACCAUAACAAGAAUUGUACAGAUGUAGAAUUAGCUCAUACUGAACACAAUUUUUACCUACGACAGCAGGUAAACAUGUCAUGAUCCUCCACUAUGGCCAUUACAGAGGUUGAAUGUGUUGUCAAAUUGCUGAGUUUUUAAAUGCUCAUGAUUAACACUGAAGGUGUUUUAUAUUACUAGUUCAAGUGGAAAAGUUCCAAGUCUGAGAAAGAUUGAAGUUGUAUUUCUGUCUGUACCCACACUUUGUAAUGCGGGAAUUGUCGAAGUUUGAUAGAAUAUAUCAUUUUACAGAUGAAGAUUGGGGGUCAUUUAGAAAAGGUCAAAGUGUGGAGAUUAAGUAUGCAUUCCCCAAUUUGAGUAUUCUUCGUCAAAGGUAUAAAUCUUUAUAAAACACAGCUUUGUUUUGUAUGAGUCUUAUGUACAUGCUUAUGUAAUUAAUUUCAAUUAUCCACUGAGAGUGGAAAUGACAUUGAAUUAUAUGCCUGCCUCUACCAGUGCAUCAGUUGUAUUUCUUUUGUGCUUUGAUUCAACAUCAAGCAUAUAUUUUUUCACUGUUAAGAGGAAAAACCUACAACCUAAACCUUAUUUUUGUUUGGUUUUUUAAAAAAUCAUUUUUUAGUAAAUGCACCUUUUACCAAAUUUCACAGCACCUGAUGUGCUCAGAAAGUUGAAUAUGGUAUUAUUUUGUUUGAGCAUGGUAAUUUAAAGAAAUGUUUAGAUGAAUAUCUACACAAGUUUCAGAAAAUCAGUGUAACUGUCCUUUGCGAUGGUUGAAGUAGUUUUGACUUCUGAGGUUUUUCUGUAUCCUUUUUUUUAUUUGCAGACAAUUUUGUAACAUUUUUACAAGAUGUUAUCAACAUUGUGUCUAAUAUUGCAUUUUGUUAAGUUUUAUUUGAAUAAAUGAAUGUAAGUAUUAA